AUGGAAACAAUAUCGGAUAUUCCACCAAUAACACAAUCAAAGCUAUCAGAUUAUGGAUCAAAUUCGAGAUUUAUAUUCGACAAAAAUGUGAAGCCAGAAUUGCAAAUUGGACCAAAGUAAGAAUGAUUUGUCGUGAUUUUAGAAAUGAUAAAAAUGACCAGCCCAAAUUUAACUCACGUUUUUAAUUUGGACCUGGUUGCUUUUUAAUUUUAGAAAAAUGAUGGCGAGAUUGUGUCAUUUUAUUUUUGAAUAAUGUUUAAUUCUUGGGAGGCAAAAUUAUUCAGCGUGAACUAGAAAAAAACUACAUACGUGUCUUCUCGCAAUGGAAAAAUCACUUCAUUUUGAAUUUUUGCUACCGACCAAAAUGCGAAAUUUUGGCCACCCUAAAAAUCCCAAAAAUUAUCAGAUGUGGUUUGGUUGCUCUUUCAAUGUCUCUCAAGAGUAAAGGAAUUGAUUGUAAUGUGGACGAAAUAUUCGGAAUUGCAAAAGAAUUGAAUUAUACAAUACAAGGCGAAAUGUUUUCAGGUAAUAUUACUUAUACUUUUUUCUUACAGAAAAAAAUCAGAAGUUUUUAGCAUAUAGUUUAUCUGAAGUUGCGAAUAAAAUCUCCCCGGGAUGUUCAAAAGUUGAAGAAUUUCCGGGAGCUUCCGAAUUGAGUCAAAGACUUCUUAAUGGUCAACAUAUUUUGGUAGCUUAUGAUUGCGAUAAGAAUUUCAGUGCAACAAAACAUAAUGGACAUAAAGCACAUUGGCUUUUAAUGGUGAGUAGUUUUUAUUUGAAACUAUUUAAUUUUAACACAAUUUCAGUGUGGAUUUUUGGACAAAUCUUCAGGAGAAAAAGAAGGAUCAAUGUCUCCUGUCCAGAAUCCAGAAGAUUUGAUAAUUCUAGGAUAUCAAGGAAAAAGUAGAUAUUUAGGAUUUUUCCCAUACACUGCUAUUUUUGAAAGUAAUGCUCAAUUAUUCGAAGCUGGUCCGAUACGUUUAAGUGAUGAAUAUAAUUUGGAGGAUUUUGUAAACCUCAGAAACAAAAUUGUUAGCAUAAAUAUUUGA